UCGAAGCAAAACAUCGAUACUUUCGGUGCAUCGAUGUUUUUCCGACAUUCCUAACUUUAAUUUAUCAAAACUAAUCUUUAAUGUAUUUUAAUCUUUGUUCAUUAGCUAAAUUUUUUUAAUUAUACCGGGAUGUCAAGAAAUUUAUGCCGCGCGUGCUUACUAGAGAAAAAAAUAUCGGAGCUUUUUGAUUGGUACAUAUUAAUGGAUAAAGCAAACGAACCGUUGACAUAUCAGGAAUGCUUUCAAAUUUGCACCCAAGUGGAUGUAAAAAAAAGCGGAUGCUACAUCAUCUUAUGUUAAGGAUAUGCAUUUCCUUUGUCAAGACUGCAUUCAGGAAUUGAUAACUUCAUAUCGGUUUUUAAGAAAGGCUCAAAGAUCUGCACAAGAGCUAUAUGCCUUAGCCCAGGGGCAUUAUAAUUUAACUGACAAUAAAAUCAAUGAGUUUGAAUAUGUAAAUAUUCAAGAGUUAGUUAAAAAUGAGGAUUUUAUGGACAAUUCAUCGCUAAUAGAUACUGGAGGCGACCUUAAAUCAGGAAAGGAAUUAUCGAUAUUAUCUUAUAAACACUGUUCUAAAAAUCAUGGUCAACAAAACAACGAAGACGGUCCUUGUGGGAAUUCUUUGUUGCAAUUAAAAGAACCAACUCAUCAAAUAACGCAAGGUUUAAUAACAUCGAGUCUUCAAGAAUUUGCUCUUUCGAAAGCCGAUCGGUCCUUCAACAGCCCUGAAUGUGAAGAAAUCACACUGGAAAAGGUCGAAAAUGGACACGAUGCACCAUUUGUCUCAAUAUCUGAUUGCUUAAAUGAAAAAGAUACAACCAUUAUUGAUAACUCCAAAAAUAAAAGAGUAAGAAAGAAAAAUCCAAAACUAAAUACAAGAGUUAAAGAAGUAGCGCAACGGAAUAAACCGUGUUUAAAAUAUAAGGAAAUGCCUUGUGAGUAUUGUAAUAAAUUAUUUCCGGAGAACAAAUUGAGACAGCAUAAAUCGCGUUAUCAUAGACCUAAGAUCUUUCUUUGCGACAUUUGCCCAAGUUCAUUCAGUAUCGCCAACAAUCUGCGACGACACCAACGCACGCAUGAUUUAAAUCGUCAACGAAACUUCUCUUGCAACGAGUGUGGGCGUAAAUUUUUUACGGAAGACGUCUAUCGGACUCACAUCAAAACACACCAGUCAUCCCGUCAAUCUAAAUUUCACUGCACUCAAUGCGAUAAAGUAUUCCUGCACAAGGGCAGUCUCACCCUCCACAUUCAGAAACACGGUGAACCCAAAAAUGAAUGUAGCGUUUGCUUGAAAAGAUAUGUUAGAAAAGUAGAUUUGGAAGUGCAUAUGCGUAAUCAUUCCGGGGAAUUGCCAUAUCAAUGUCCAUUGUGCGAAAGGGCUUUUAUGACUACCAGUGCUUUAAGAAAGCACGAAUUACUUCAUAACGGUAUCCGGUAUAAAUGCGGCAUCUGUAACAAAGAGUACUCACACCCCUCAAAACUUAGCCGGCAUCGCUUACAUCAUACUGGUCUCCCAUUUAAGUGUGCAAUAUGUGACAGAGGAUUUGCCGAGCCCAAUAAGAUACGAAGACAUAUCAGAUGUGUACACAAAGUAGAAGACGAUUCGCAAAUCAAUAAACUCACCAUCAAGGUGUGAAAAAAAAUUCGAACGUCCGAUAAGAGAGCCAAACAGUUUAUAUUAAGAUUAGUUGUACAUAUAUGUAUGUAUAUUUAUUGGGUUAGGUUACCCUUGAUGGUUGCUAAGUUUAGUUUAGUUUAUUAGUAUGCAUUAAAAGGCAAACAUUUUAAUGAUA